AUGCUGAGAGGACUGAAGAUGCUGUGUCCUGUGUGGUCCUUGGCUGUGGCGGUGCUUUGCACACUCACCAUGGAAGUCAGCAGUCAGUGCUGGGAGAGCGCCCACUGCCAAGACCUCAGCACAGAGGAGAACAUGUUGGAGUGCAUUCAGCUGUGUAGGUCAGAGCUCACAGCUGGGAGCCCAGUCCACCCUGACCAGGGCCACCUCCAACCCCCAGCGCCCGAGGGGACCGACGUGGACGCCCUGCCCGUCCGCAACCUCGCCGCAGCAGGCUCCCCCGAGGUGAAGCAGGCCUCCCCCAGGCACGAGGACAAGCGCUCCUUUGCCAUGGGUCACUUCCGCUGGGGCAAGCCGGUUGGUCUAAAGAGCAGACCUGUCAGGGUGUUCAUCGAUGGGAACCCCGACGGCGUGAAGGAGGAGCUGGCCGAGCAGGGGGAGCAGGGGGAGCCGGAGGAGCCGGAGGAGAUGCCGCGCCCGGUGCGUAGCGACGGCGAGGCGGACGAGAAGGAAGCGCUGGCCGAACUGCUCCAGCAGAAGCAAGACGGUUCGUUCAAGAUGAACCACCUCAGGUGGAGCGGCCCGCCGGCCGGCAAGCGUCACGACGGCUUCAUGAAGUCGUGGGACGAGAGGAGCCAGAAGGCUCUCCUCACGCUCUUCGACAUCGUCACCAACAAGGACGGACAACAGAAGACACGUCAGUAA